CAAGCCUCACAUACAUAUAGUUGUACUUAUAUAUAUUUUUUGUACAUUUUAUUUGAAAUCAGUUAUAUUAAGAUGGAGAAAGUGAUGAGGUUGGCUACAGAAAAAGGUGUGGUGAUUUUCACAAAGAGCUCUUGUUGUCUGUGCUAUGCAGUCAACAUUCUGUUUCAAGAAAUUGGAGUGUAUCCUGUGAUUCAUGAAAUUGACAAAGAUCCUGAAGGCAAAGAAAUGGAGAAAGCUAUAACAAAGUUGGGUUGUAAUGCACCUGUUCCUGCAGUGUUCAUAGGAGGAAAGCUUGUGGGGUCUACCAAUGAAGUGAUGUCCCUCCACCUUAGUGGUUCACUCGUUCCAUUACUCAGGCCAUAUCAAAUUUAACUUCAUUUAAUAAGUUUGAUUAUUAGGAACGCAUGCAAAUUAUACGUUCCUGCAUGCAGCUACCUUUAUUGGAAGAAUAAACAUAGGGCUUAAUCAAUAUAUUAAGUGCUAUAGUUGUAGUAAGUAAGAUCAGUAUCCUUUAAUAGUAUAUUCAAUGACGUGUGAUUAAGGUUCUAGCAUUU